UAAACUCUGCCUGUACAUGUAUUAUAUUUUAUGUACUUAUGUAAUUUGAGUUCAUUGACAGUGGACAAGACCAAUACAGAGCUAGCUGUUGUGGCUUUUCAUUUAUCUCUCCAUAUACUGCUCCAAAAUGGAUAUCCAUGAGCUUUUAGCAGCUGCUUUUACAGCCAUGCUAGGUGUGGAGGUGGUGUCCCCAGCUAGAGGAGCUGCUUUGGGCAUCCCAAAACUCUCUGUUCAUCAGCUAUUUCGAGCUACCUACAUUAUGCGACCUCCUGCAAGUGUUGAUCCAGCAGAGCGAUUUGAUGUCAUCGUGAAAACGCUUACAGGCAUGCAAAUCACCAUUCCAGUCAGCAAAGACCACACUAUUGCAGAAGUCAAGGCAGCCAUUGCUGAGAAAGAAGACAUACAUCCACACGAGCAGCGGUUGUUGUUUGAUCGAAAGACGUUAGCAGAUCACGAAACACUACAGGAUAUAGGAGUCCCUCCAGAUGGUAUAAUUUUCCUUGUGCUCCUUGUCAGGGGUGGUGGACCUUCGUUUCAGCUGGACCCCGAUGAACUAGCUCCAGAGUUCGAUUACGAUUACACAAGCAUGAAGGAUGAUGGUAAAAAGUUUAUGAGGGGCGCGUUUGAGUACAAGCGACCUUUUGGCUGGAAGAGAUACGCCAUCAAAGUUUUGGGGAGGCCUGAGUAUGGGAAUAAUCAGUGGCUGGGGACUGGAGGAAUUCGAGCACAAACUGACGGAAUGGAGUGGCCAGUGUCUUAUCAUGGCACCAGUAUGGAGAGUGCUAAGAAGAUCAUACAGGACGGAUAUAAAAUUGGCCAAAGAGAGUUAUUUGGCAAAGGAGUGUACAGUUCUCCCUCUGUACUGGUGGCCGAUCGCUAUAGCAGUACCUUCGAUUAUGAGGGGAACAGAUACAAAGCGGUGCUUCAGAAUCGCAUUAAUCCUGAUCCGGGCCACAUGAAGAUUGUCUCUAAAGAGAAGACAGGAGCUGGCGAUGAGUAUUGGGUGUCACCCCUCAAUGAUCCAAGCAAGGGGGUGCAUGACGUACGACCUUACAAUAUUCUCAUCAAAAAUGUAUAAGAGUAUCAAGAACUCUGAACUCAACUCUAUUUUUCUAUAGACAAUGCAUAGCUAUUAGUUUUGUAUGAUGCGGGUGACGUUUGUGAUUUGUGAUUUUCUAAUGUUUAUGACCUUUGGCAGUUCAA